GCCAUCUUCCAAACUGUCUUGGGGACAGAACGGUCAUCCCUGCGCCGUCCCGCAGUCGGAGCGGGACCCGAAGCUGGCCGAAGAGCGCGGGGACUAACCUGGGCAGGUAUCAUUGGCUGGUGCUUAAGAUGCUUUGGUCCCAACAUCAGACCUGGAGGUAACCCCACGUUGUCUGUUCUGUUGCCCGUCGUGCACCUCGGAGUGGAAAUGGUCCACUGGACCACACAGUGGGGGACAUGUGUCUGGAUCCAGACUCUGCUGGCCUUUGCCUUGGCCAACUGUCGCUCACUGGCCCCAAGUCCUGUCAACUACUCUGUGGUUUACACCAUGCCCUUCUUCCAGGCCCGGGGUCCCAUCCAGAACAUUGUCAACAACUCGUUUUACCAGGAGGUGUAUGUAGCCUCUCAGAAUGUGAUCGAAGCUGUGAACAGAAGCUUGGAGAAGGUGUGGGAGCUCCGCACUGGGCCGGUGGGAAGCCCAGAGUGUCAGAUAUGUAAUUUGUGUGACAUUGACAAAGACCCCAACUUCCUGGAAGAUACAAACAAUCAGAUCUUGUUGCUGGAUACUCUCUUUAUGUAUUUAUAUUCAUGUGGAAGUUCUCAGUAUGGUGUGUGCUAUUUCCACCAACUGAACUCGAAUGGAGAGCCGCCUUCUCUUUCUAAGUGUUUGUUCAGAAAGGAUUCCAACUCUGCUGCCUACUGUCCUGACUGUGUGGCAAGCCCUCUUGGAACCAAAGUCACCAUGGUUGAAGAGGGUCAAACUGUCUACUUCUUUGUUGCCACCACUGUAAAUGAGAGUGUGACCCAGCGUUACGGCAGGAAGUCUAUAUCAGUUCGUCGACCACUGGCCACUGAAGAUGGUUUCUACAGUGAUGUACGUGGCUUAACUGUCCUUCCUGGCCUGCGGAGGACGUACCAUAUUGAAUAUGUCUACAGCUUUUUCACUCAGGAGUUUGUCUACUUCCUCUCAGUGCAGAGAGAGAGCCCCGAUCAGGACUCAUCUCCGUUUCAGACCCGUCUGGGUCGCCUCCCACGGAAUGAAUGGGAGAUGAAGAGGUAUCGUGAGGUUAUCCUGGAGUGUCGGUUUGAACCAAAACGCCGGAGGAGGAAUGUAGCCAGUGAACCCUAUAAGGAUGUGGUGUACAACGUGGUCCAGGCAGCCCAUUUUGGCAAGGCAGGCAGGGAGCUUGCAGAGGAGUUAGGGGCAGAGGAGGAGGAUGACAUCCUCUACGGGGUUUUUGCGGUUACUGAUGACAACGGCGUCACAGAGCAUGACUCGGCCCUGUGCGCCUUCCCAAUGGACAAUGUGAACAAAGCAAUCGUUGAUGGGGUGGAUGACUGCUGUGAGUCUGGACCAGAGCAGCUCUCUAGAGGACUCUGCCAUUUCCAGCCCUGUGAGAGCUGUCCACACGAGAGCAUGGAGAACAACGCCACAUGCAGAGACCAUCCUACCAUGGUGUCAAAGCCCUACUACAGAGUGGACCUCUUCAACAGGCAGAUGACUAAUGUCCUGCUCACGUCUCUGCUGGUCACAACCAUAGAGAACAAGACUGUAGCCCAUAUUGGCACUUCGACUGGACGCCUGCUACAGCUUGUGUUGACAAGAUCCAGUCCUAUUAUUUUUGCCAAUUACUCUUUGGAGGAGAACCAGAGAGUCUCGUCCAUUGCUGCUGUUUACUCAUCAGAGUAUCUUCUUUUCGUGGUUGGAGACAAGAUGAUUCAGGUGCCCCAGAGAGGGCCGGGCUGUCAACACUUCCUGACUUGCGCCAUGUGUCUGACAGCCCCUAAGUUUAUGGGCUGUGGUUGGUGCUCUGGAGUGUGCUCCUGGGAGAGUGAGUGUCACAGUUCCUGGAGGAAUGAAUCCUGCCCACCUGGGAUCACUGGGUUCUUUCCACGGACUGCUCCUCCUGAUGGUCAAACAGAGGUAACGGUGUGUGGAUGGGAGUUCCAAUCGCCCGUAAGACCUGCCAUCACCUCUAGAACCCACCAGGUCCGACUGGGACAGACCGCCUGUACUGUGCUUCCGGUCAAAAGCAACAACACACACCUGGUGUGUAAGAUUCGCUCUGGGGCCACUGAGCUGUCCAAACCAGUCAACAUUACAGUGGAAGUGCAUGAGGGCAAGGUGGAGGGACGCUACUCUAUUGACGGGAAGGCAGAAAUGCCAGGGUUCACAUUUGUGAUUCCCAACAUCACAGAUAUCCAGCCCAACUUUGGACCUCGUGUUGGGGGCACACUCAUCACAGUGACUGGACCUCACUUGGAUGCUGGGAAGACCAGGAAAGUCACUCUCAAUGACGUGCUCUGUCCCAUAAAGAGAGUCACAAAGCCUAAAGGCAAUGUGUCUUCCAUCAUCUGUCUGUCCCAGCCCAUCUCAGAGGUGAGGGAUGUUCCUCUGAGUGUUUUCAUUGACAAGUCUCCUGUCCUCACCACAAAGGUGUUUUACUACAAAGAAAAGCCAAAGAUUACAGCUGUCCUGCCUGACUGUAGCUUUGACAGGGGGUCAAAGAUUGUAAUUGAAGGGGAGAACCUGGAUUCUGUUUAUCGCACCAUCAUCCGCUUUAAACCCAAUGAGAGCCACCUAAAACCUGUGACAAGGGAGUGCAUUGGCAAAUCGUUGCCCACAAGGAUGGAGUGUAUCACUCCUAUGUUCCACAGGGAUGAGACAGAGGAGGGAGUGCUCUCGUUUGACAUGGACGGAGCGUUGGGACUUUGGAACAAAGAGUUCUCCUACCACCCCUACGGCGAGCCCAUACCUUUUGAAACAGAAGGACACGUGCUGAGUUUGUACUCUGGGUUUGAUGAAGUGUCACUACAUCACCAAAAGCUGAACCUGGUGAGCUCCUGUAUGACCAUCACAAUGACAGUGGCAGGCGUUGAUUGUGAUGCUAAAGUCCUGGAUAAUGAGAUCACCUGCAGGAUCCCUAAAAACAUGACCAUCCCCAGUGAGGGAAUUCCAGUGAAGAUCUCCAUCAAUGGGCAGGUCCAUAAUGUUGGCACAGUGGUGAGAGUGAGUAACCACUACAUGGUGGGGAUUGUUUUGGGGAUCCUGGCGGCUCUGGUGGCUGGAGCUGUGCUGGCCUUUGUUGUUAUGAAACACUUGAGGAAGAAGAAGAAAGCCGCCAUGGUAGAGACCCGUUUGGCCCACAGUGCUAACCACUCUCGAACAAAUAAUGUGGAGCUGUCACCUGCUGGGGACUACAGGGGAGUAUCCCUGAGUCCUCCCACCCCCUUGGUGGGCCCGGUGGUGUUCCCCAGCCACGCCUAUGCUGCAGGCAGCAUAGAUCCGACCCUCACUCCGCUCAUGCCUCCGGAAAAAAUCUCCAUCUCCAGUUUCAGGCCAGAGCUGCUGGAGGAGGUGAAGGAUGUUCUUAUUCCUGCUGAGAUGCUUAUUGUGCAGCACCAUCGGAUCAUAGGCAAGGGUCAUUUUGGCACUGUCUAUCAUGGCUACUUCACAGACCACAACAACAGAGAAAUCCACUGUGCUGUCAAGUCUUUGAACAGAAUAACAGAUGUUGAGGAGGUGGAGCAGUUUCUGAAGGAAGGUAUCAUAAUGAAGGGUUUCCACCACAGCAAUGUCCUUUCUCUGCUGGGCAUCCUCCUGCCGCACGAAGGGCUCCCUCUAGUGGUGUUGCCGUACAUGAAACACGGGGACCUGCGGCACUUCAUACGCUGCGAGAAGAGGAACCCCACUGUAAAGGAUCUGAUUGGCUUCGGGCUUCAGGUUGCCAAAGGGAUGGAGUAUUUGGCUCAGAAGAAGUUUGUGCACAGAGAUCUUGCAGCACGCAACUGCAUGCUGGACGAGUCAUAUACAGUGAAGGUGGCAGACUUUGGCAUGGCCAGAGAUGUUUUUGAUAAGGAAUACUACAGUGUUCAGGACCACAGGAAGGCUAAGCUGCCUGUCAAGUGGAUGGCUAUUGAGAGUCUGCAGACCCAGAAAUUCACCUCCAAGUCAGAUGUGUGGUCCUUUGGUGUGCUGAUGUGGGAGAUGCUGACCAGAGGAGCGAGCCCCUACCCAGAGGUCGACCCUUAUGACAUAACACAUUACUUACUUAAGGGCAGGAGGCUUCCCCAGCCGCAGUACUGCCCUGACCCUCUGUAUAGCAUAAUGCUCCAGUGCUGGGACCCUGAGCCAGAGCUGAGGCCAGGCUUCGCUACGUUAGUGUCGGCCGUCUCCAACAUUUUGUCGGGCCUGGAGGGAGAACACUACAUCAGUCUGAAUGUCACCUACGUCAACCUGGACCAGCCGCGGCCCUACCCAGCCCUCACAGAGUCUGCUGAUGAAUAUGACUCCACAGAUGUUGAAGACUCAGCCUCAGUCUCCUCCUGAUCCACUCCUCCUCCCCCUCACUCGACUUUAAACCAGUACUGGUGCUAACAGCAAGAGCACAAAAAAACCUCUGCUAGGUCACAGCGUUGUGUUUUACCACAAAGCAUGUGAAACAGAGAUACUGCCUACUGUAUGUGCGUAUGAAAGUGGUAGUAAGAUGGUUUCAGCUGACUUAGCACACACUUAGGCAGCCAUAUUGGAGGUUCGUUACUCUGUCAACAAUUAACUGUAAACAGCACUUGGCCAUGAAAACUAAAAGUAUUUAACAGACAUUUAGUUUUUGUGUUAUUUUUCAAUGGUAACAGAUAAUAUCAUCAUACAUGUAAUCACUUUUGUAGCACUAGCUUGUUAGCUAGUCAAACAAAACAAGUCUUGUUAACACUUGUUACCCAUUAGAAGCUAAUUAGCAUUACACUAAAUCAGUUCAGUUAGCCUGCAGGUUAGCUAUCUAGCUGACAAUGGUAAAUAAAACAGAGUCAGUUCAGAUCAAGCAAAGUACGGGUUUUCAAACACUUAAGUAUUGUGCAAAUAAAGGCACUGACCAAGGCUAAGUAGUGAAACGAAUUGUACUCAUUGCAGAACUGACCUGUUCCUACACUACAGGAGUCUUUUUCAGAUGUUGUUGUUUUUUUUCUCACCCAGCUAGCAUUAAUGUAGAUAUUAUGAAUGUAGAGUCAGAUCUUCCAUGUCCAUGGCUAAAAGUGUUGGUUACAUUAUUGAGGAGAGGAGUCUCAAAAAGCAGAGCUAUGAUGAAGUAAAAUCUGUGAAAUUCAGUGGCACAUUAGCUUUUUUUUUAACCACCUACAACACAGUGUACUGUGCCCCAUAUUUGCUUAAUUCUUUUGCAGUAUAGUGAUUGUUCUGUAUAUUGUAUCAUACUUCUGUAAGGCAAAGUUUCGAACUCAAGGUCCUGAAACAAAUCUGAAAUCACUCUGUUGCGUGUGUUUCUGACACAAUGUCUUUGCGAUAGUGUAAUAAAUUAAAAUAUU